AGUCGAUUUUGGCUUCCAUGUUAUGUUUUGGUCCAAAGACUUUUCUUCCUUCCUAAAACCAAUCAAAACGUAUCACAUCGCUAUGUAAUCCCAUUUGUAUAUCAAUGCAGCUUCACUAUAAGACGCUUUAGGGUUUCUUGGUUUGUGAAAUAAUCGAAACCGGAGCUUCUGUUUCUGUUUACUUUUCUUUCACUAUGGAUUUGGAUCGUCAAUGCACCAGUGACAAGUCUCAUUCAGUUUCUGUAGGAGUUGAGUAUGAUGAAGAACAUAGGUGUCAGAAUGCUUCCAAUUACCAUGAAAAGCAUAAAACCAAAAAAAAAGAAUUAGAUGAAGAUGGAGACAAGGUGAUAUGCAUCAUGAGUUCUUUCUCUGAUAGUCAUGAAAUUGAAAAAGAUGGAGAUAAAGAAUCCUCAACGAGGAAUUUACGACAAGAAGACUCGACAUAUUUGGACGUCAGAGCUGGUAACAGUGAGAUAUGUGAAGAGGACAUUGAUCGAUUUUUAGCUAAAUCAUGUUGUGGUGGUUCUGCACAGAAGACUACUCAAAGACAAACAACGUUGAGAGAACUGCUGCAACUGCCUGCAGAUUGUGGAUCCCCUUCAGGAGUAAUGUCUCAGAGUAAAAUAUUUAAGCAUUUGGAGCACCAAGGUAGUUGCUAAAUCUCUUGGCACAAGAGCUAGAAUGCUAGAUGUGUUGAUGUUUUUUGAUUCAUGAUCGAUUAGUUAAC